ACCUAUUAGUAAAAGGCAAGCCGCCAAUAUUGCAACUGAAAAAUCGGGUGUAAAAGGACUCGCUUAUCAUUCUACGACUGUGUUGGAAUGCUGGGAACUUUUUUUUUCCAACUGAAUUGAUAGCAAAAAUUGUUCAACAUACUAACGAAAAAUUAUCAGUUAUAAGACUUAAAUAUGCACGUGAAACAGAUUGCCUUGAUACCGAUGAGUGUGAAAUGAGAGCUUUUUUUGGAUUAUUAUAUUACUCAGGACUUCUUAACUUGUCCCAUGUCGACAUCCAUGAUUUAUGGAAACCUAAUGGAUUGUCACCGGAAUAUUUUAGAGCUGUGAUGAGAGAAAAUCGUUUUAGACUACUGCUUCGUGCUUUAAGGUUUGAUAAUUCUUUAACUCGAAUUGAAAGAAAAAAAACCGAUAAGUUGGCUCCAAUUAGAGAAAUCUGGGAUCAUUUUAAUAAAAGUUGUUUGAAGUAUUAUUCCUCUGGAGUAAACGUAAUCAUUGACGAAAUGAUUGCUGCUUUCAGGGGUCGUUGUAGCUUCAAGCAGUACAUUCCAUCUAAGCCUGAUCGCUAUGGCUUAAAGAUUUUUGGAAUGGUGGAUACUGAAUCAUUUUAUACAUCUAAUAUGGAACUUUACGUUGGCAAGCAGCUUUCAGAAGAAUAUCAAGUGAGUAACAAGCCGUUUGAUGUGGUUCAAAGAGUUUGUCACUCGAUUUUGAAUACCGGACGUAAUAUUACGAUGGACAACUGGUUUUCAUCACUUCCUCUCGUUAUUGAUCUUCUCGAAAAGCACAAAAUCACAGUGGUUGCAACGUUAAGAAAAAACAAGCCUCAAAUACCUCCUGGGUUUGUGACUGUUAAAAAACGUGAUCCUUGUUCGUCAUUAUUUGCUUUUUACCGCAAUAUAACAAUGGUAUCAUACAUUUCUCAAAGCAAAAAAAAAAAAUUGUACAAUUUUGAUUUCAUCUAUGCACAGAUCGAAUGCCAUAGACGAAGAGACUGAUGAUAAAAAAAGCCUGAAAUAAUUACCUACUAUAAUAAGACUAAAGCAGCUGUUGAUAUUGUGGACCAA